GCAAAAUGAAAAUGGCGGCAGUUUUGAAAACAUUGCGAGAAGCAAAUUCCCUUGAUUUGUUCAUUUUGUAUGAAAAUGAUAGUUUGUUUAUCAGAUACAAAGACGGAACAUCAGUUGAAUUGUCUCCUUGUGGAACAGCUUUUCUCCACCGCGAAGCAGCACCUGGUAAACGUACAAUGAAACAGCUGACAAGAUUCGCUGUCAGUUCAUUCCGAACGAAAAUAAUCGAAGCUGUUAGGAUUCGUAACUUGUUUGCGGCCAGACCAUAUCUCUGUAAAGAACUGACCUCUCAACAUGAACUUAAGGUGAGUAGUUCUGCACAUGUUUGCCGACUUUUCCUGGAUCAAAUACGUGAUAUUUUUUAUCCAUAUUACCCGAACUUCCCUACAUUUUCCGACAACUUCCGAACUUUGCCGAAGAUUCCCAAUUAUGAUCAGAUUUAGGGUCAAGGUAGCUGAUGCUGGAAGGGUAAGAUUUCUGAACAGCCCCAUUAAUUCAUGGGGCUCUGAUGGAUAUUAACGGCACGAAGCCUGAAACAUGAUGUUUUAGAUGGUUAAGGCAAAAAUAUGACACUUAGCAUGUUGGUCUGGGCUGGGCCUUGUUUAAAGCUUGGGUAAGAUAGGGUUAGAGUGAAAUUUGAAUCCAGAUAUGAAAGCUUAAAAAGCAAAUUCCGGUUGAUCCUUUUUGUCUACAAUAUUUUGAUUGGAUGCUCUUAGAAUAACGGGGAAAAUUAUCCAAGAAAAUGCACGUCAAAAACUCCAGCCAACUUUGCAAACAUGUCAAUGUUGAAGCAAGCCAAAGUAGUUCCUGGCUGGGGGCCUGCAGCCUGCGUAGCAAGCAUUUCUGAUGAACUCACCAGGAAAUACUUGUUACUCAGGCUAGCGUAACUGAUAUCAUGGGUGCAUUCCUUUGGGGUGGUAUGGAUUUGGGUCAGUGAUCUGAGAUCACAGAGAUCAUGGUGCUUAAAAGGAACCAAUGAAUCCACUCUAGGUAAGGAUUCAUCAGUACAACACACUGUACCUUUGAUAUGCCAUCAUCUGAGUGACCUGGGAUCUCUGAUUCCUAUUGGUAUCAUCCAAAAGGAAUGCAACCCAUGUGUUAGCAUGUACAUCAUGUUGCAAUGGUCUGGCAUGAGGAAGGAUAAAGAGUUUUGUUUCAUGGCCAAAUUACAGUGGGGAAAAUUGCAUACAGUGGAAGCUCUCCUGACAAACUCUCUCAUCGCCGCGGCAGAAAGAGCUACUUACAACUGCCUUCACAAAACCCUGUUUUCCUCGCUGCCAUACAAACUCUGUAUUUUUACAUUCCUGUAAGCAACCAACUCCAGUUAUGUACCCCUUUUUCAUGUCCCGAGGGUGUCCACUAACAAGAGCUUCCACCGUAUUUUGAUUAUAUAAUUUAAUUUAUUUUACUGAAAUCUACUGAAUAACACCUCUCCCCCACUUUUUCUGCAUUUUAAAUGCAUACUUCUAGGAUACACAUACACAUACUCUGUUUACAGAUAUCCUCUACCAUUUUGUGAAGGAGGAUCAUGAGCUUUAUUUAAGAUCUCUCCUUACAGAUAACCCACCCCGCCCAGAAAGGGUUAAUGGCCACACCACUGGGGUCUAUGUCCCCUACUCUUUUCAAACAGUGGUGUGGGUUCUUUUACAUCCCACAAGAACAGAUAAGUGAACGUGCUGUGAGAUGGGACCUACAUGGUUUUUCAUCCUUAUCCAAGAAGACUGGAAUGUCUGACCAUUUGUAGAUGUCGUUACAAUGGCAAGACGUUCUUCUCAGGCCCUGAGUGUUGGUCUUGCCGGGAUUGAAACCGUGACCUUCCCCUCAGUAGACUAGUGCUCUCCCAACUGAGCUAACUGGAUACUUCAAUAAAAGUGUGUUGUGCAUGCAUGAUCAUAAAGUAAAACCAUGGUAAAGUUUUUUUGUACCACAUAUUAACCAGGCCUGACAUGUUAAAAGCUUAUCUUUCCACCCUUAACAUAUCCUACAUGUAGGUUGGUUACCAUGGUAUCACAGAAUGUCAUUGGUGUGAUCAACCUGCUAAAGACUUUGUUACACUGUUGUCUGAUGGCUCUGCUUUCAUGGAAUCUCUUGACGGUUUAGCAAGCUUAACACUUUUGCCUCACAGGCAGGCAUUUGUUGUGAAUUUUCUUUGUGAGGUCAAAUAUCCCUUACCAAAGGUAAAAAAAAAACAAAUUAAAGUGUCUUCUAUGCAGAUAAAAUAUGGGGGUUUAAGGGUCAGUUUAAAGGCCAUCAAAAUAGCCAAAGCAAUGGCUGGGCCAUAUUUCAAGCACUUUGUCCAACAAGUGGUUUGGUGGUUUACCAGUUUUGAAAAGUGUUGAAAGAAUCAGAAAAUAUAUACUUUGUUGUGGCUUGGUGGCUAUUCAGUCUUCAUUGGUGAGAUUUUUAGAAAAAAGUAUAAUAUUAUAUAGAGGAUAUUACUAGUGUUGAAAAAUAUUUCACCACUCAAAGAGAAAUUCGUACCUACACGUGGCUUUUUACACACUCUGUGCAUUCAAACUUUAGCAGAACUCGGUGCAAAGGUACAAAAUAAUGGUAAAACUAUGGUUGGACAUGUCUCCAACUGCACACUUAUGCAGAUUAACCAAGCAGCAAGAAACACUGGGAGCCCAACUAGAGUAAUGGCAUUAAAUACACUUGCAGGUCAGGUGUCACUUCUACUUGUUACGUCAGUAGUUUUAACAUCACAAAUUGGAGGUCUGCUUUUAGUUUGACCAUAAAAAGUUUAUUAUCUUUAACAGAAAACAAACGAUAAAGGUUUAGAGGGACAGCAGCAGAAGCAUUAUUACACUUGGCAAGAACAAAUCCAUUCAUUGUCCUCAUGUCCUGAGCCAUGGCAGUACCCACUUCAGUGUGUAGUUGAUGUUGUAAAUAAUGUAGAAGAAUCAACAGUCUGUCCUGUUGGCAGUAAUACUGUAACAAAAGUUCCCUCCUCUCUUCCAAUCACUUGCAAAGCUGCUCAUCUUCACUCAUGGAGAGCCCAGGUAUGAGAUAAGAACUUGAACAACUAAAUGAGUGAGCCCUUACAUUAUCUGAUAAGCAUGAGCUUAUUAGUUUGGGGAAAAUUUUAGGGCAAGCUGGUGAGAAGAAAGGGGCAAGGAAAGCGAGCCUGAGCUUGAAUUUUGCCCCUUCAAGGUGUUAAGAUACUAUGCAAUCAUCUAUUCCAUCCCUUUUCCUCACCCCAUCCUUCUUGCUGACUUAAGUCAAAAUUUUCCCUGAGAUUGCACAAUUGAGCCUGCUUGCAGGCUAGAUGACCAUGGACACAAUUUUUCUCUAAGACUGCCUUGAGUUUACCCUUUUUAUUCAAGGAAACAUCAACUGCAUUUACAGUCAAUCUACAUUAGAGUUUACUUCUUUACCUAAUAAAGAGCAGCCAAAAAUAAAAAAAGUCACAAAAGAAAUUUAUUUUCUGCUUUUCUUGUCAGAUGGUACCAAGUGAAUGCUUGGAUGCUGAAAACUGGGAAAUCUUCUGGCAAUCAAACAUGAGAGUUAUUUGGAAAGGUGGCGUUACCUAUAGGUAUGUACAAGCUGCUCCUUUAUACUUGAGCAGGGCUAAAAGAAACUUAAAUGCAAGCUUGUCCUUCAGGCAAGCAGCUCUGAAAUCUUGCUUUCCCAAGGCCACUUGUUGCUUAUCUUAGUUAAUGAUUUUGUUAGAGGAAGACUAGCCUGGAUCUUUCCCAUUAGGCAAGUAAGUCUUAAAGGUUAUACUUGCCCAACAAGAAAAACUUCUUGUCCCAGACUACCAGAUGGAAUUUUUUUGUGCCCUGUAGAGGAUACUAAAUUGUUACAUACAUUGUAGCUGCAGCAGAUGCAUGGUUAUCCUACCUGAGAACUACUGUGGGCUCCCAUGAUUAGUGUUUUGGUUGCAUAGGCGUACGGGCCGGGGGGGCGAGGGGGGCUGCAGCCCCCCCAAAUUUUGGGCAACUCAGAUUUUUUGGGCAGCGAGAGAAAAUUUGGGCAAAGCCAGUUUUUUAAGACGUUUCUGUGUUUUUUAAAUCAUUAUUUUGAAGAGAUAAAUAUUUUCUAUUUUAACCUGAAGUUGGCGUUAUAAUCCAGUUCUGUUACAUUUACAGGGGACAGUGGUUGCCUAGCACGUAAUGAGUUUCUGGUUAUAAGGGAAGGGUAUCAUGUGCUGUUUUUUUUUUUAUUGUUGGGCACUGUACUGUAAUGGGCAAUUUCCAGUCGUGAAUUGAUUAGAAUAAACUUCCGCCUAACUUUCUAGAAUCAUCUCAACUUGUAGAACAGUGUAUGGCAGAUAACAUCAGCAAUGGGUCUGAAAGUGAAGAAGUGGCUGACUAAUUCUCAGUUUGAAUUACGCGAAGAAUCGUAUUUUUGAAACAAAAAAAUCUAUCGAGUGGUUUAAAGAUUAUUCACUAAUUUGUUAAAGUAGUAUAGACCGAAAUGAUUACAAAACCGCUAACAAGAGCGCCAUGAUACAUACUAAACACUCAAAUCCUUUUUUGACCAGAGCUAUCUCCAUGAUCUUUUACCCACAUUUUUAAAAAGAUUGAAACUACUAUGAGGUGAAAUUGAAUGUCAAAAGCGCUUCGUUUUCUACAGAUAACGGCCAAACAGCAAGAUUUUCCUUUUUUACCGUAUUUCUAACGAUAAAAACUUUAUACCAAAAUAUCUCCGCAACGCUCUUACAGAUUCCGUUUUAAUUUCACGAACAUCGAGGCGACUAUUGGAGGAAAAUGCUUCUGUGAACGAUUUUGGAGGAACAGUUCCCAGUGAGAAAUGUUGCUGCAAGUAUAAUAGGUAAUGGCAUCAUUUGGUUGCUAUGACAACUCCGAUGUUAUUUCAACCCGGAUCAUAACAAAUUUUCAUCUUUAUCUAAUACAACUGUGGUGGCAAUUUUUCCAAAUGUUUGUUUAUGGUGUCGUAAUCUAUGCUCAAAAAAAACUUCACAGGUAUUGACCCUGAAAAACUGUAUCGAGCCCCUUUCAUAUGCUAGUACGGCCUAUGUUGUUGCAUCUUAUGGCCCUCGUUUCUGUUCGACUGUUUUGUAAAAAUUUGCAUUUUGGGCAACUUGCAAGAAUUUUUUGGGCAAAUGGUUUACCGCCCCCCCUGACAAAAAAUUGCCUGUACGCCUAUGUUUGGUUGCCUUUUCCCUCAAGUACGUGUUCGUACUGACAACUUAAACUAUCCCAAAUUCAUAAAAAGGUGAGUGUUUGCAUCCCCAUAUUUCCCUUGGGAUUUGAUUAGCUAGAGUAAUUAAUAAUAUUUUGUUUUAAGAUUAAUACCUUAGAGACAACCAGUGUUGCAUUCUAGAUUAACAGUAAUGUAUGUACAGUUGACUCUCUCUUAACGGUUACCUCUAUAAGACAGACACCCUGUAAAAUGGACACUCAGAGUUGGUCCCAGCCUUUCUUUACUCCAUCUAUUUGACUCUCUCUAACAUGGACACUUAGUACUGGUCUGAUCGAUAUACAUGAAUACAAGUUUUCCUUUUUUUUCUUCGUUUGUUGAGUGUACACUUUUAUAUUUAUCUUCACACUCAGCAAACUAAAAAAGAAGAGGAGCUGCUCAUUGCUCAUAUUCGUAACACAAUACAAUCUCUUACAGAAUAUUCCCUCAGCCAACUGGUUUAUUUACUGUAGAGAUUGAUCCUGGAGAUGGCUCUAUAAUGAGAUCACAAUCACCAUGUGCUAGAUACUUUAAUCACUGGAUUGUUCAAUAUCAUCCACACCAGGUAUUAACAGCGUUGUGUAGCAGUUUUCUGCAGUUUUUCUGUGUUGUCUUUGAAUUACAGAAAUCAAUGUUGUUGCAAAUAUAUAACAUAUUAAGACGGACUGUGUGUGACCAGGGGCCCAUUUCUUGAAAGACCUGAUAACUUUUCGUGCCCAAAGCCAAAUGUUAAAAUCAAUAAUUUAUUCUAAACCCAGAUAGCCAACAAACCGGCCCAUUUUGUAUUGUUCACUGAUAGUUUUACAUGUAGUAUAUUUAAGCAAUAGACCACACUUUCUAUGGGUUUACCGGCGUGAUAACCCACUUGGGAUGUUGGGAGAACACGAGAAAAGCUUGUAAAUCACAAGCCGAAGGCGAGUGAUUUACAAGCUUUUCGAGUGUUCUCCCAACAUCCCAAGUGGGUUAUCACGCCGGUAAACCCAUAGAAAGUGUGGUCUAUUGCUUUUAUAAAAUAACUUUUAGUAGAAUGGAGUCUUUUAGGGAAAAAAUAUGCUUUCAGUGCCGUGAUCAAGUCAUGUCUUCUCUCUAAAGUCAUCAUAAGCCAAUCAUGACUCACGAUUUAAUGGCGCUGAACUUUCUCAAAACUCAGUUCAGCCAAACAACAAACAACAGCACUUCAAAACACGAGUUUUUGCGCUCAUUACGAUAACUUAUGAAAGCUGUUUUACAGGAAAAGUCAACACAUAUUCAUGCGAACGUACAAUGAAAGAAUACGUUCAUGGUUUGCUUACUACAGAAGUAGAAAUUAAUUGAACAUCAGACUGUACGCAGCUGUAUUUUGUUGAGUCGAUCGGUAAAAAUUUCGUGGCUUACAGACGGAACUGGCAGCUAUUGUAAUGGAGGACUUCAUUCGCUUUUUACAAGCCACAGUGGUUUAAGAUGUGUUUACUGGGCUUUAUUAUGAUCAAGAAAUGCUGCGGUAACGACGCGGUGGCGCAUUUAUGGGUUGUCGCAUGUAACUUUAUAUGCACGUACAGCGACCGAUGGAAAUAUGUCAGUGGUGAAGAAAGGUUUCUUUGCCGUAGCCACAUAUUGGCGCUAAUAUUUUGUCGAUUUGUGAAGUCAGGUGGUUUGAGGUAGGUUAUGCCAUUGAUAUCACCGAAUAAUUUGUGCAAAUGUUGGAAAAAAACAGCCCAAAACUCUGACAUCUUUCAUCAUCGUUGGCAGCUUGUUUACAACCUACAGCGGCCGAUUUUGUACCAUAUCUUGAUCAGAGACCUCUUUUUGUAACAAUUUCUUUCAUUAAGGAAUUUAAUUUUGACAUAAAAUAAAUCAAGAAUGCUAAAACUAUCCGUUUUGUUGCUGGUUGGCACAUGGUUAAGUUUUCCUAGAGACUUUCUACACCAGAAAUUCACACAGUUGUUGUCUUUCUCUGCGAUUUGGCAUCGUCGUGAAAUGUAAACUGCUUUCCAGCUUUGUACUUUAUAACUUCUAAAGCUAUGGCAGCCGCGAAUUGUGACCCUCAGUAAUAAAAUGUGGAAACCAACGCUUUUAAUAUUAAGAAGGGCUAAGGUAAGUAACUUGUUCUGGUUUUUAGCCUUUCUAAAAUCGUUGUUUGCAGAUCAAUAGCGGGUUUUGUUUAUGGCUCGUGGUCCGGAUGCCUUUUCCUAUGGGUUUACCGGUAUAAUAAACCAUAGGUUUUUGACCAAUCAGAUCACGCGUACUAUCUCAGUUAUUUUAUAAAAAUAGAAAAACGACUGAUACCUCAGUCUCAGACUUUUGAGAAACGAGCCCCAUGUAACGUUCCUUUUUAAGGAAGCUCAUUUAAAAUAUUCAUAUACCAAAAUUAUUGUUUUGUUUUGCAUAGUGCCAUAAGCAUCAUUAGAGUAUGCCACUCUAUUAAUAGACUUUAAUUUAAUUUCUACUGUAUAUGAAACAAAAUCCUAAUUCAAAGGCUGUAGUGACAGUAUGUACGGUCAACUCUUGCCUUUUUGGACACCCCGCUAUUAUGGACACCCAGAUAAUACAUUUGCAUUUGCAAAUUUUGCAUUGCCCGGGGGUCGGGCAUUUGCCAACCUCAGGGCCAACCCCAAACUUUUGACACGCACGCAGUUUCCUAUCAGACUAUAAAUACCCCACCCUUACGCCACUGAGUUUUUGAAGCAAUUUCUCCCACUCUACAUCAGUUUGAAAUCAAUUUACCUUAUUUAUUACUUUUGUUUUAAAAUUGAAAGACUCUGGCCUUCAGAAAAUCUCUGCCCAGUUCCAAAGACACCAGAAAUCCUAGGGCUAUUUCUGAUCAACAAAUUGUCCAAACAUUUUUCAGUCAAAGUAACACCUUCUUCUGCAGAUGAAAAUUUCUCAUGUGCAUAUUGGAUAGCAUUUUCGGAUAGCCGGUCUCCCACACAUAUUCCAGUCUUGAAGAAACAUACGUCUUUUUGUUGUAACUUGUAAAAUGAGUUGCUAUCAUGCCAGGAACAACCUGGCAAUUGUACGGGUGUUACCCCCAUUGUUACAAUCAGUAAGCCUACAUACGCGUCCUCAAUCCGAAAUGGUUCGAACAUUUUGGUGCGAUGCCAAAGUUUGUUGAGAAUGUUGUGUGACAUCACGUAAUAAGGCCCUCGACAGUACGUGUGGAACCGUGUUCCAUUGUACGUUCUAUAACUCAAGAAAUAAGACUUCCAAGGAACUCUUUCGAUUCCUGUAUCUAUCGCUAAAGCCCCAGCGUAGAUUUGCGAUGGCAAUCCAGGAGACGUCUGUAGCCAUUUUAUAAGUCUUGGCACAUGUACAUAAACAUCAUCAUCUGCUUUCAAAAUAUACUUGCAUUUGAAGCGUGUCGCCCAGGUGAAUGCCGUAAAAACUUUGAUAAUCAGAUUGUCGUAUGUAUCUUUGUAAUUUCCGAUGAGAAGAUCUCGAUAAAUCCUAGCUUCUCGUUCAAGCUGCAGAUCCAACUCGAGAUUGAACGUUCUACCCAAAUUAAAUAUCAUUUUCCAUGUGCCACUCGCACCUGUACCUUGCAGGCUUCCCCAUGUUUGACGAAUCGUUUCCCGCGUAGCUUUACUACCCGGACGUGAAGUGACAAUUGCCAACAAGAAAAAUUCUUUGCUUCCAAUAUCUGGUUCGAUGGCCGGUGGAAAAACAUUCAAAGUCAAAUUUGGAGAGCUAAAGUGGACUUUCUUGUAAAUAUCAACAAUGCUAAGGCCGAUGAGAAGGAAGGCGAGCAACAGAACCGCACGUACGCAGGAAAAGCUACAUAGACGAACCAUCUUCCGACGUAAAAAAGAUAAGCACGGUGAAAUAGCCAUUAAAAUAGCUGAAGAACCGUAAACAAACUAAAAUAAUCAAAAGACGACGAAAAAUAAUCGAAUACUACCGCGCCUACCCGGUAUUUCAUUUAAGACAACACUAAAUUUCUCAUAUGGGUUCACAGGCAACCCAAACUCAGUUUGAGGGUUAAUUGCGUGUGGUACCAUAUUGCGUGAUCUUCAACUAGCCGUGAACAUAAGGGUUACAGGUAAGAAUUUGAAUGGAAAAAUAAGUAGUAAAGAGUAGUGGAAAUUCGGGGGCAAAGGAAAUCACUUAAACUGCAGCGGAUCAGGAAGAAAACACACGUUAGGCACAAGAGCAAACUAAAUAAAUAAGGUAGAGUGUUUAAUACUGAAAAUCCCACCGAGUGUUUGUCUGCGUGAAUCUAAUGGGCUAUUGUAUUAAUUUUUAAUAUCCGUACCCCCCCCCCCAACCCCCCCGCUGGUUGAGGACUUACCUUUUCUUUUUACAUUUGAAGACUGGCUAAAAUUGCAUUCACCCUUGAAGAAUUUUGUGAAAAUUAAAGCUUCACCCCCAACGAAUUUCAUAUUUUUUUACUCUGCCCCUAAAGAAAUCCUCAACUUUUAUAACUCCCCCCUGGAAAAUUCCAUGGUUCCUCAUGAGCAAGGGGGGGGCGGAUAUUAAAUGCAAUAGCCCAAUACCUGAAUUCCCAUACAAACCCUUACUACUUGCAAUCCUUUAUAUUCACAGCCAUUUUGAGGAUCACGUUUCUUCUGGAAGACAGUUCAUACAGAAUAUUUUGUCUCUCAAUCUGUUGCCCAAGUAUAGUUUGACAUAUUUGCGGCCUUGUAGAAGUUAAAUGUGGUAAAGGGUGGGAUCCGACUCUGUCGAGAGAGAGAUAGAAAAUUUUAAGCCAUACUUUCAUUAUGAUUGGGAGGUUGUCUAGAGGGAAAAUGAAGCCUCUUGAAAAAAGGGGUCUUUUUUGCUAAAAAUGCAAACUAUUUUACGGAUCUCUAUAGGGUGUUGAGAUUCAAGAGAGAGUAUACUCGGCUGACAGGCCACUUCCAGACAGAUUGCUAAGAACAAAGUACUCUGUUGGAAAACUGAUAAAACAAGCUACAAGGUAGAGUUCAAAAUUAAAGUCAUGCCAGGUCAAGCGUACCCCCAUAGGUUCCAGUAAUGAAUAGAUUAUUUGAGAAAUGAAUCUGUUAGUCGCUGCCGCUACCCAUAUCAAAUUCAAAUCUGCAUUCCUGCAUACGUAAUGAGCAGUGAAUUUCUGGGUAGAGCUUCUUAUUAUACAGUCAGGGUGGAUGUCGCGUUCCCACGGGUGGAGUUCGCUGUGAUCAACCACACGCUCCGUACUCGAUUAAAGUUCGUUUAUUGCAGUAUCAAUGAAGCAUAUGGUGAGAACUGAAAACAUACAUAGACACGCGUUACGCAAGAAAAUAUAACUAAAAUUAAAAGGAAAUCGAGCGUAAAACAAACCUAAAAUGAAAGACAAAAAUGGAAAAGAACUUACGUUAUAGUUCCUCCAAGCGUAUUAAAGAAAGGAACAACAAAAUAGGAAAAAACUGAAUGAAAUAACUCCGUAAAAAACUCCUUGUACUCUCCGAUUAGAUCUGGUAAAAAAACUCCGGGGCUAGACAACUGUGAUAAUAAUGAUAUAUGUCAAACUGGUAAAAAAUUAACGAAUUAAACAAAAAUACAAACGAGCGUAACGCAAUAUACGAUUUCACAACACUCCUCGCCCAAGGAUUGAAGAUCCUUGCUUCCGUCAACAUUAUAUAAAUCAAGUCCGUGGAAUCAAAUUAUAUUGUCCGCAAGAUUAGACUUCGUCUUCCCGUUUGAGUAGAACGACGAAACUGGAAAUUGGUCGUUCGUAGGUCUUCACGUUUCCCGCUCUACAUGAAGUCACUUUGGCACUCCGCACUUUGCCAUCGGUGCUCUGCGUUACUUCUGAAAUCCUUCCGAGCGACCAGUCGUUCCUGGUUGUGUUGUCCUCCUUAACCAGGACUAUAUCACCGACAGAGAGGUUGCGUUCGCGUUUCUGCCACUUCGAUCUGUUCUGAAGGUUCUGCAGAUACUCUCUUUUCCAUCUGACCCAGAACUGAUCGGCCAGGUAUUGUGCCCUUCUCCACCAGUUACGGGCAUACAGGUCCUGUGGCACGAAGUUACCAGGGUGGGGUGCUAGGGGGCGAGUCUUCAUCGUAAGCAGCAUGGCAGGGGUUAGUGGUUGCGGUUCGUGGAUGUCAGAGGGUACUGCUGAAAUAGGGCGGCUGUUGACGAUUCCAGUCACCUCUGCCAUGAGAGUCACUAGUAGUUCGUGGGUUAGCUGUGCGCGUCCAAUCCCCAGUAACAUUCCGUCCAAAACGCGUCGUACAGUGCCAAUCUGUCGCUCCCAUACGCCUCCAAAAUGCGAUGCGUGUGGAGGGUUAAAUAUCCACUCGCAACCUUGUUCAGCUACAAACUUCUGGACUCGUGUUUGGUCUAUCUCCGAAAGUGCUCGUUCCAACUGUGAUUUUCCUCCAACAAAGUUAGUGCCACGAUCACAUCUGAGUUUCGUCACUGAUCCACGAAUGGCGAAAAACCGUCGCAGUGCACAGAUGAACGAGUUGGCGUCCAUAGUUUCUAGUACCUCGAUAUGAAUGGCACGACUACUCAGACAGGUGAAGAUGAGACCCCAGCGUUUUGCGUUUGCUGCACCACCUCUGAGUCUUCUCAUUGAGAUUUCCCAGGGGCCAAAGACAUCGAAGCUUACAUUUGUGAAGGGCGGGCUGGUCUCCGUUCGAUCUAGUGGUAAGUUUGCCAUGUGUUGCGUUAAGGUUGCUCCUCUCAACUUCUUGCAAUUUACACAGGAUUCAAUAAGGCUGGAUAUCAUUCGAUGAGCUCCGACAACCCAGUAGCCGGCCUCGCGAACUGCCCCGCUCGUGAUGAGGCGUCCUUGGUGAUGGACGCUUUCGUGGAAGUGGCGGAUGAUCAACUCUGAUACAUGAUGACCUUUUGGUAAAAUGACUGGGUGUUUCUCUUGAUAUUCGAGCGUCGAGUUUUCGAGACGGCCUCCGACGCGGAGUAGUCCAUUAGAAUCUACCAAGGGAUCAAGUUGCAACAGGUUUGAAUGCUUUGGAACUGAUUUCUCCAUUUUAGCAGAUGACAACCCUUUAAGCUCUGCGGAGAAGACUUCUUUCUGUACUGCCUUGAUUACAACCUGGCCAGCUUGUUCGAGUUCGGCUGCAGACGGAGUAGGCCGGGGGAUGACUGGCUUGUUUGAGAGUACUUGAUUUCUCUCCUUGAACUUUCUUAUGAACGCAAUAAGACUUGCAAUUGCGCGCCUCAGGAAGGACCAGCUGGAAAAGCGCUUGAAUCUCUCGCAGCCAAGACUCUGGGGUGAGUGUGUUGCAGUGGCACAGGUGGUGACUUCUCUUUUCACCUCUGGAUCGCUUUCAUUGAGGGGUACCUCCAGGAGUGAAGCUUGAGGCUGAAGCUGCGGGUUUCGUAGAAAUUCAGGUCCAAGUAUCCAUGGCGAUUCUACCAGUUUCCCUGGGGUAACGCAGCGAGUUGCGAGGUCAGCAGGAUUUCUUGCAGUGUCUAUGUAUCUCCAUUGACUUGGUGCAGUUGCGUUACGGAUAUGCUGAACGCGGUUCGCGACAUAGACGUAGAAUCUUCUACUUUCGUUCUGAAUGUAGCCAAGUACAACCUUCGAGUCUGAGUAGUAGAUUUCUUCAUCAAUUUGAACGUCAAGCUCCCUGCGAAUCAUCAUUACGGCUUGUGUUGCAAGUACUGCGCUGCACAACUCUAAUCUAGGGAUGCUCGUCGUUUGAGUUGGUGCCAUCUUAGAUCGUCCGAACAGAAGCGAAACGCUUACAGCUCCAUAAUUGUUGAAUUCGCGCAGGUACACGGCAGCUCCGAUGGCCUCCUUACUUGCGUCAGAAAACGCGUGUAUCUCUCUUCUUGUGACAGUGCCGAAUCCUUUGGGGUGAUGGCAACGAGGAAUCAAUACUUCUUCCAGUUUGGGGAGUGCGUCUCUCCAUCGACUCCAGCGGUGUUUCAUCUUCUCGGGAAGUGGAUCGUCCCAUCCAAGAGGAUCGUUGCCGUUCACCUUCUUCCCCAUGAUGACGAGCUGCUGUAGUAUUAGUUUCCCUUCCAGGAUGACUGGGGAUACAAAUCCCAGAGGGUCGUACACCGAGUUUAUGACAGACAGAACUCCUCUCCGUGUGAAGGGCUUUUCUGGGAGAGAGACAUGGAAGGUGAAAUGGUCCUUCUCGAUGUUCCAGUGGACCCCAAGAGAGCGUUGCGAUGGUAGUACGUCGCGGCGUAGGUCUAGAUCUUUGAUGUUCUUGGCGCGAUCUUCAGCUGGGAAGGCUUCCAUGACGAGGACCGAGUUGGAGACUACUUUGUGUAGGCGUAAAUUCGCGGUCGCUAACAUGGCUUGGGCGUUUCUGAUGAGGGUAAUGGCUUCGUUCUCCGUGGGGCGCGAGGUCAGCCCGUCGUCUACGUAAAAGUUUCUGUGGACGAAGUCUCUUGUUUCUUUCCCGUAUUUCUCCUCGCCGUCGUCUGCUGUUUUUCGUAGCCCAAAGGUGGCUAUAGCAGGACUGGGCCCGUUGCCGAACAGGUGCACUGUCAUCUUGUUCUCUAUGAUCCGCUUGGACGGAUCGUUAUCUUUAAACCAAAGGAAUCGGAGAAAGUUCUGGUGCUUUGGGUCCACGUGAAACGAGUGGAACAUUUGUUCAAUGUCGCACAUCACGGCGAUGUUAUCCUGACGAAAGCGGAUUAACACUCCAACAAGGCUAUUCAUAAGGUCGGGACCUGGAAGAAGUUCUUUAUUGAGGGAGACCCCUUGGAACUCGGCUGACGAAUCGAACACCACGCGGAUCUGAUCCGGUUUCCUGGGAUGGUACACCCCAAAGUGAGGUAAGUACCAUGUGCGUCCCUCGCCUCUGACUCCUGCCACGUGCUCUCGCUCUGAUUCGGUGAGUUUCAAUGGUUCUUUCCUAUUGGGAUAGUCGUUUGAUGUUAACAACUCGUACUGUGGCACUGGAACCGCAUGACCGCGUUCGAAGACUUUGCCCAUGAACUGGAAGUAAUCUUCUUUCAUCUUUGGUUUUCUAUUGAGGGUGCGAAGCAGGCCGUUAAGGCGGUUGACAGCCAAAGGUCGGUUGUUAGGCAUCGAGGCGGUAGGUGAGCGAAACGGUAGCGGCAUCUCCCAGUUUCCCUGUUGGUUCUUGCGAGUCCCCGUCUCCAUUAUUUUCAGGAAGCGUUUGUCUUCUUGCGACAAACUGACCAAAUUGUCGCCGGGUGUCGAUUGAAAGAGGUUGUCUCCGAUUUCUCCUUUCUCUGCAUAUCUUUCUUUGACCUGGAAAUGAUUUGGGCAGGGCACGAUUUCACUUUCUUCAGCAUGAUGAUGUGAAGCUUGCACGUUCCGAGGAUAAUUGGUAACAAGCCUGUCUAAACGCUCCAAUGAUGUGCGGUGUGCUGAGAUGUGGACUGGACCACCGACUCGAUCUAAACACAUUUGGCCCGAGAUGGUCCAGCCUAAGUCUAGUUUCUGGGCCCAUGGCGCUCCUUUAGGUCCGUUUCUGCUAGCUCUUAUCUUCAACAACUCCGGCGCGUCCCUUCCGAUAAGGAUCUCGACACUUGCCUUAGGGUCGUAAGGCGGGAUUUCAUCGGCAAUCUCCUUGAGGUGAGAAAACUGUCUGGCCAUCUCUGGUGUUGCGAUUUCGCGCUUGUCCUCAGGGAUGUUUGUGCACUCGACGAGCUGGGGUAGCUUCGCAAUUAUGCCGGUCAGAGAGCGUAGCACAACACCGGAAAUUCGCCGUCCAGACUUUUCUUCUCUUCCACCGCUGCAUGUAGUCAGGAAGUACUUCACAAUCGGUCCGGUUGCGCCCAACCUAUUCGCUAGGUUUGGAGUUAUCAUAGAAGCAUUGCUCUGGUCGUCUAUGAUUGCGUACGUGCGAUGGGACUGCUGAGGGCGAUUCUCACAGAGAACGUCAAGGAGAACAAUCUUGCUACAAGACACUCCGCCGCUGAAGGGGUUGUGGCAAACCGAAGUGCAGGCCGUUUUAAGCUCCUCGCCGUGCUCCGUACGUGUCGUGCCAGGCUUCUCUUUGUGAAGUGCCGUGGGAUGACGAUCGUCCCCGCAUUUGGCGCAUUUUACGGUUGUAUUGCAUUCGCUCGAUCUAUGUCCUGCUGAUAAACAGCGAAAACACAGUCCUGCUUUGAGAACACAUUCGUUUCUCACUGCUAGUGCUUGUUUUUCAAAGGCUUUGCAUUCGGCUAAGAGGUGUCCCUUUCGCUGGUGAUAAUGACAGUACUUCUCUUCUCCAAGCUCUGGCUCCUUCUUUGGCUCGUUUUUGCCGUCCAAGCCUGUCUUGAGGACUCUCCUAUUUGGGUCAGUGUCUGUUUCGGGAAGUCGUGGUCUGUGUUCGCGGCCUUUCGGUUUACGAUUACUAGGCUGAGCUGCUGCCAAAACGUUCGGGUGAUUCUUUAAUCGAGCUUGCUCUCGGACCAUUGCGGCAAAGUCUUUGAAGCUAGGGUAGGCAUCGUCGUAUUUCUCUGCAUACUGGACUACACGCUUCUCCCAUUUCGAGCGAAGGGAGUGGGGUAAGUUCUCGACAAUAGGGCCUAUCGCGGUUAAGUAGUUCAGGCAGCCGAGUCCUGGAAGAAAAUCCAAUUGGCUGUCCACGUCAGCACAUACGUCAGCGAAAGCCUGAAGUUUGUCGCUGUCUUCUUCUCCAAAUUUGGCCGCUGUCUGAAGUCGCACUAAGAGAACGUUCGUGAUGGCGGCGGUAUUCCCGAAGCGUCUCUCCAGGGAUGUUACUAAAACGGGGAACGGGGAGCGGGGAGCGGGGAACGGGGAACGGAAGUCUGGGAACGAGUUGUCAGCGGAAACCUCCAUAAAAAUCCAAUAUGGCCGAUGAUCGAUGAUAGAGAACCGUGGUCGGCAUUAUAUUCUACCCACCAAAACCACAUCGAUCGAGAGGGACUGAGAUUGAAUUUUGAAUAACUUAAAAGUCGUAACCGAAGAUUCUCGGAAAAUGUACGGAUGAUAUGCACGAACAACCGAACAUCCGAAUACUAGAUCGGACGUUCUAACCACUGAACCUCCAGGCCAGGGCUCUAGCGUUAGUGAAGUCGGAAUUCUACUAUACCAGUAGCCUGCGUGGCAGGCGUUCGAAAGGGAAGGGGAAGGGAAUUAGCCUGCCACGCAGGCUACUAUACCAGCAGAGUGUACUACACUUCUGUACUGGGAGCUGAAAGAAAGAGAAAGGCUCGAGAAAGGCUACGUUCAUUUCACAGUUGUGGGGGUGCGGAAAAUAUAUCAGGGGGAUACAGUUUCAUACAUAAUGACUGAGAUGUUAGGAAGAUGUUGGAAACGAGCAAAUCGGCGAGAACGAAUCACGAAGCUCGCUGGUAAGUGCUCGUUCAGUUUCUCACGCGGAGAAAAAUCAAGAACAAGCUCUCGAACCAGGGUAGCUAGGUGUAAAUUACAGCGAGCUUUAUAUUCCCCCCCUGCAAGAAAUAUGGCUGUGCUUUGAGAGUUUUUGUCCCGACUGUAGCUUCUUUCAACUGCUGUUGGAGCAUAUUUUGUUGUUUAGUAAAACGCAAAAAGGUGAAAAAUGUCAUGACAUUAUUACCUCCGUAAUAUUUCAAGCACCUCAUGAGCAUAUAGUUCAUUAGUAAAAUAGCGACCUUAAGUGUUGUUUCGACGCUUCUCUAUCAUCGAUCUUACCGGGUCCUUGAUCCUUACCGGCCAUUUUGGAUUUUUAUGGAGGUUUCCGCUGACAACUCGUUCCCAGACUUCCGUUCCCCGUUCCCCGCUCCCCGCUCCCCGUUCCCCGUUUUAGUAACAUCCGUCUCUCCAGCUCCUUCCACACGUCGCGCAAGGCGUCGGCAGGAUUCCUAUAUUGUCUCUGACGGUAGUUAUUAACUACUUUUUGUGCAUCUCCUUUUGUAUAGCUUCUUAAGUAGUUGAUCUCCUGAUCCGGUGACACGUUUGCAUCUUCUAUCAUGGCACGAAAAGCACUUUUCCAUGGGUGGAAGAGUGUCACGUCUCCUGUGAAUAUCUCCGGGUGGCACUUAGGAAGGUUCUGUCGCGCUAACGUUGCAACUAGCCUUUGAUUUACUGUCGUGAGAUCGUCUGUGGGAGUCGACGCGAAGGGAUUUGUUCCUCGGAGGCCAAAAAGGGGCAUGUUUCCUGUAACACUUUUCCCUGGAGGUGACUUUUCAAAGCUGGCAGCGUUUGUGCUGGGUAAGGGCUCUUCUUUUGCGCAUGAGCGAGCAUUCGUUAGUUCGCUUUGAAUGAGCUUAGUGUGUGAUACCUUUCCCGAGUCGUGUUGGGGGCUUGGGUACCCUGUGCGAUCCAGUGUCUCCAUAGUCCCUUGUGCAUUAAUCCAGGCUCGCGUUAUCUCUUGUGUGUCGAUAGAGUUGUCCAAACCUGGGAUAGUAACUAUAGUGGCUUUCUCGUCUUCCUCCUCGAUAGACUGCUCAAUAGCUUUUAGUUUGGCCUCGGCGAUUGCCAGCUUCUUAUUUGCUGUUAACACAGCUUUGUCGCACUCGAAUCUUGCCCUCUGAGACUGACGUUUUCUCUCUUCUUCGGCUUCCAUUUCAAUUCUCUCCCUUUCUUUCUCGGCCAGUAAUCGGUCAUAUUCCGCUUCUUGUCUCGCUGCAGCGGCUUCGGCCAAGGCUCUCCUUCGUGCCGCGCUAGACGAGGUAGACACGCGAGACGAGAGGGUUGAACGCGUUCGCGAAUGUUUCCGAGAACUUUGCGAAGCAGAAUCCGUUUUUUUGCUUAAAAGUGGCUCCAUUGGAUUUUCGGAAUUGUUUCCUAUUGUUAAACUCCCGCUCCUUUGUGCCGUGUUAACGUAUAUCGGCGAAAAUAUACGAAUACUGAUCUUGGGGGCGGUGCGCCAUGUGCUAUUGCAUAACCAAGUUGCUUGCUUGAUGCGAUUCUUAGAACUCCAGUAGAAUAGGUCGAAAUAAGCUUCUCACUAAAACUUCUCACUGUCGCGUUCCCACGGGUGGAGUUCGCUGUGAUCAACCACACGCUCCGUACUCGAUUAAAGUUCGUUUAUUGCAGUAUCAAUGAAGCAUAUGGUGAGAACUGAAAACAUACAUAGACACGCGUUACGCAAGAAAAUAUAACUAAAAUUAAAAGGAAAUCGAGCGUAAAACAAACCUAAAAUGAAAGACAAAAAUGGAAAAGAACUUACGUUAUAGUUCCUCCAAGCGUAUUAAAGAAAGGAACAACAAAAUAGGAAAAAACUGAAUGAAAUAACUCCGUAAAAAACUCCUUGUACUCUCCGAUUAGAUCUGGUAAAAAAACUCCGGGGCUAGACAACUGUGAUAAUAAUGAUAUAUGUCAAACUGGUAAAAAAUUAACGAAUUAAACAAAAAUACAAACGAGCGUAACGCAAUAUACGAUUUCACAACAGUGGAUAAAAUUGCUUUGAAGACUUUAUUUUAUAUUAAAUCCAAGAAAACUGAGCAGGCAGAAAUUUCAGAACUAGCAUGUUAAUUCACUACUCAUUACGAAUGCAAGAAUGAAGGGAUGAAUCUGAAAUCUACAACUGCAAACAGAUGCAACUUUCAAAUAAUAGAAUCAUUAAUGGAAUCUUAAGGGGUAUAUGCUCCAGGGGGGGGGGGGAGUACUUUAGGAAUUUCUGGGUGGGGAUGUGCCGCUAGACCCUGGAACCCUUAACCUAUACCAGAGCUAGUUCAGCUGAAUUUUGCUACCCUAUACUAGAGUAAACUCCCCAAAUCCCCCCUACCCUAGAGUUGCUGUUUUGCAGAAACUACUGAGGUCACUAGCACAGUAGUCUAGUCAAAACAAAACCUCAAACCACAAUCCCUAAUUUAGAUAAAAUCUUCAACCAACUGAUCAGUUUCCUGAAAAAUCAUGAUACCCUAUUCUAGACCCAAACGCUCUGGGCCAAGAUGUUCAAAGCUGGGUUAAGUUAACCCAGGGUUAGUGCGAGAUUUGAAUUCAGAUUUGAAAGCUUUAAAACCAUUUCAGUUUUAAUUCCUUUUGUCUACAAGUUGAUGAUUGGAAGCUCUAAAAAUGGCAGAGAAAAUUAUCUGAGAAAAUGCUUUUGAACACAAGAAAAAGAAACCAGGGUUAAAUUUAAACCCGGGUUAAGCGCUAAUCGGCCUUCGAACAACUGGGCCCUGAUUUAUAAUUAUUAUACCCUAUCCUAGAGUAAACUGCUUGAAAACAUACCCUUCACAGCGGCACAUACCUAUAUAGCCCAUAUAUGGCAAUACCCCCCCCCCCCGGGUGUAAGCUUGACCUGGCUUGACUGUAAACCCCAAAAUAAGAGGCAAUAUCAUUUCGGAAAAUUGUGCUUAUUGAUAAGUAGGUGGUUUUAUUGUUUUUCAGUUACAUAGAGUUCUUGACCACUACUGGAAACCAGUUAGCUGAGCAAUGCUGUUGGAAAGAGGUGAUGCUUAUAUAGUUACUGUACCUGUAGUGACGAAGUCAUUUAAUCUGAUUGUCUUUUUUGCAUCCUGUAGUUAUUUUAAAAUAAUUAUUCAGCAAGCAGGCAGUUGAUAAAUAGCAAUUGUUGCAAAGCAUUGAAGUGCAAUAUUCAUCGAGCAAAGUAGGUAAAUAGUUGAAGUUGUCUGUACAGAGAUGUUAGCCAAUAAAAAAAAAUAGCCCAUUUGACUUCUGACAAUGAAUUCUGCAGAGUUUUUGGUACAUUUUUUCAGAGUCUGGUUGGUUGGGCUAACCAGCAAACAGGCAUCCCAGACCUCCUCUAUUUCCUGUUUAUGCUAUAAGGCUAUAUUAAUUAUUUGUAUAGGAUCAAGACUGAUCCUCCUAUAUUUCCUGUUUAUCCUAUAAUUUGUAUAAGAUCAAGACUGAUCCUCCUCUAUUUCCUGUUUAUCCUAUAAUAAUUAUUUGUAUAGGAUCAAGACUGAUCCUCCUCUAUUUCCUGUUUAUCCUAGUAAUAAUUAUUUGUUUAAGAUCAAGACUAAUCCUCCUCUAUUUCCUGUUUAUCCUAUAAUAAUUGUUUGUAUAAGAUCAAGACUGAUCCUCCUAUAUUUCCUAUGAAUAGGAUCAGAAGAUCAGGGGCACCCAGUGCCGGUUUCCUCCUAAAAGCACAGAAAUACGUUUUAGCCUACUUCGAGUACUUUUAUACCUCUAGAAAUGCAUUUUAAGCAGAGCUAUACAGUUUGUAUCUGUUUGGUCAUCCUUCAUCAACUUGAGUCUUUUUGAAAUUUCAAGGGCUUUUUAGAUUUUCUUAAUUUUUACGAAAACUACCUUAACUUGGGGAGUGAAAUGCAAAAAUUAAACUUCAGAAAGUCGUAGGGAAUUUAUUAGAUAAGUUUCAAAAAUUGCACAUGAAAGGGGUGCGGAUCACCUAGAAAUUUUUAGUGAUCCUCAAGCCAUAGAAAAUUCUAGGCAAUUUUUGGUUCGCCGAACAGAUAUUUUACAGAAAACAGUUGUUGGGUGCCCCUGAGAAGAUAACUGGUCAUAUUCUGAUAUCUACAUUUUAUGCUGUGAAGCAAUAUUUUGUUGUGAAUAAACAAAUUUAAAAUUCUUUAUCAGUAAAAAUUUAGUAUUAAUUUUUUCGUAUUUUUUAUUUUUUUCCUAUAAAGAGCCUAGUAUAUUUUGGCCGGAAAAUCCUAUAUUUUCCCAUAUUUUGCACUUGAACAGCCUAUUUUUCCUAUCCGAUUUUCCAAAAAGUGGCUGGGAUGCCUGAGCCAGCUUUGCUCACUUUAGAGAUUUAACUGUCAUUAAAGGAUCAAGGGACUUUUGACUUAGAGCCAGUUUAAGUUUGUUCAAACAUCAGUCAAUAUCACAGCUCACAGGUACUCUAAGUCAACACUUCACUCAGAUGCAGGGAUGGUUGUAUUCAACCUUAAUUAGUGGGAUGCCACUAAUGUUUCCUACAUGUCCAUUUUGACAGCAGUCAAAUCUUCCAGUUGUAUUGCCUAAGCCAUUCUAUCCAGCAAAUGUCAUGGAAACUGCAGUUGUGGCAGGCACAGGAAGAUUCAAGGCUUACUCAAAUGGAAACAUCAAUAUCGUAUUCAGUGACAGAACAAUACUUGAUCUGAGAAAUGUAACCGACAAUAAAGAAAAUGAGCAUGAGAAUUCCAGUUUAUGUCAGCUUAUUCUCUCUAAUGGAGAUGUCCAACAAUUUAGUUUAGCAGAUGAGGAGCAGUGUGCCUUAUAUCAAAGGUAAAAGCAAAAUAUAAGACAGCCCUUUUGCAGACGGUCUUUGAAAUCUUAAUGUAGGGAUAGACUACAAUUUUUUUAAAAGGGGGGUCUCGUCAUGAGUCCAUGAACAACAAUUUUGCAUUUCACAAGUCACAAAACAUUUUCAAGAUUCUCAAAAACAGAGGUCGUACAAAAUGUCAAAACUGUUACGUUAGGCCCAUUUUGCAAAACAGAGUGCUUCGGCAAUAUUUACAGUUAACUAGAGUUUUACCAACCUUAUGAAAAACACUGCGCGAUUAUAAAUUCCCUAGGGAAGUCAGCUGUAAGUGGGUCUGAGGGCACUGAAGUGUGAAAUAACAUCAAAAGACUCUCUAAAGUAAAUUUAAAUCGAGCCACCAGAUGCUAAGUAAGGUCAUUUGGCCAAAUUCAGGAUUUAUUUUUCUUCAGUUGUUCUUCAAUGUACAUGUAAACAAUCAAGGAUUUUGGCAGGUCAGGUUUCACUGAGUGCACUUCGAUGGCGAUUCACAGAACAGUUUUUCAGUACAUCACGAUUCAUGGACACAAAAAAAUGGUCAAUCACGGCAUCACGAAAAUAAGCUUGCCCCCGCCCCCCUUACAAGUGAACAACAUUUAAUGUCAUGUCUAACAUCAUGCAGCUGCAUUUGUAAGUUGCUAACUACAAAAUUAUUUUCAGUGCAAUUUUAAUUUGACUGAACAUAUGCAGUCAGUCUACCUGCAAAUGUUAAAUGUAGUUUGAUCUGAUUUUUUUUUCAGAUACUUACAGACUGCCCAGCACUGGAAAGACUGGGUGAACUCAUCACCCUCACAGAGAAGAACAUUUUACAAAGACACAUUAUGGGACCCUGAGAAAAGGGGGUGAGUUCAUAUUUGAUAAGUUUUUGUCUUGUAUUAUUUAAAUAUUUUAUACACACUUUCUCUAAAGCUUAACACUUAUCUUGAGAAAGAUCAGUCACAAGAUCUUACUUUUGAGAGGAAACAUUACCAAUUCCAGCACCAACAGAGGACUCUCAUGCACUUACAAAAAUUUGCUUAAUUUGCUAAGGUCCAAGCCUACAUGUAUCUGAACUCCCGACCUGAAGACGAAAAAUGGCCACUGAUUUUCCUUUUAUGGGGGGGGGGGGGCUUGGUUUUACAUAGACUACUGAGGUCUUCCGAUAAAAUUCAUGGGGUUUAGUUAUUCGCUUUGCAGCUAGUAUCACAUAUGCUGACUGUUAUUUGGAAAAAUAUAUUGACGCCAAUUCUUCUUACAUUGCAAAUUGUUUGUACAGUCAGGAAUAAAAAGGUACUGGUCUGUAAAACUCAAAUAAGAAGUUAACGUUCUAACUCUUCCAUUUUAUGGAUAAACAGGGCUAUGAGUCUUGAAAUUGACAAGAUAAAACGAUUUAACUGUAUCCUUUGCUAUAAUUUUUACCUUAACUACAUGGGUUGAUUUAGGGGAGAGGGUCCUUGAUUGCCGGCAUGUAUCCCCUUUAUGUACCCCAUGUACAGUGCACUUCCUCUUCCUACAGCCCAUCAAAAAAUCUUAAACCUAACCCUAAAUCCAUGAGAAAGCAUUAACUUUCGUGCUCCUAUUGUUUCUCUCUGUUCUGUCAUCUGUUAUAUUGCAAAUCCUUGACGCAGUUUUUGCCUGAUCAGACAUUCAUGAUCAACAAAGCAUUGUAAAUGAAACCCUAAAAACAACAAAGGACAGCACAAACUCUACAAAGGUAUUUGACAUAUAUGUUUUUGUGAGUAAUUGUGUCAACUGGUCCAUUUCAUGCCAGAUGCAUGUAGCUGGAAAGUUACUUCAUCUUUAUCAAUAAUAAAUUUAUUAUUAUAUGCUAUCUUGUGUUCUAUAUACAUGAAGAACCUUGAGAGCCUUACAGCGUAUAGAACUAAACAAUGAACAAAUAAGGGAAGUUUAACCAAAAUUAUACAGCCACUAAGUGAUCCUUAGAAAAUCAUCUACUGUGGCGAGCAGCAUUGCCUAGGGCUUUUUCCAGUAUUGAGAAACUCAGAUGGAAAUCUAAGUUAAGAAAGCUACUUUGAAAUGUGUGAUUCCAUUUCUAAAAGUUUUAAAAAUAAGUUCAAAGAGGAGAACUACAGACUCUUUAAUGAGAUCUGUGUCGCAUCUUACCCUUAGUCUUACUUAGUUUUUUGCAUCUACAUUAACGCAGGAUCUCUUCAAGACCUUACACAUUCUUAAAAAAGGAUUUCUGGAUGGAAAACACACACAACAAACUCAAUGUUUUGUUUUUCAUUGCCUGUUUUAAUUUGUUGCCUACCACUUUCUACAUGACUGCUAAAAUUACCUUGUAUGUAUUAUGAUGUAAAAAUUAUUUUCUCUUUUUCUCUCUAAUUUUGUAAUAGGAACUUGAAGGGAUGGAGGCAUCUCUCAACAUUUUGGGUUCACCAGCUGAAAGGGAUGCUAUGAUCAAGAAAGUGUUGGACCAGAAUAACAAAGCUAUAGAUGACAUUGAUGGCCUGCUGGCCACAAUUAAUAACACUUACUGUUCUUGA